UGUCGAAGGAAAAACUCAAAAUAUAGUUUUUUUAUCUCUGUUUUUAUAACUUUGUAUAGAUUUAUGAAUAUUUUUCUUCAUUUUCUUUUUCUGUGCUUUGUCUGGAAUAUCAUAUAUUUUUCGUUUGUGUUAUGGAAAUAUGAAGGAUAGAUAGUCGUGUUGAAAUAUCAUCUUGUAACAUUACAACAAAGAUACUAAUUGUAGAACGUUUUCAAACGUUGAACGUUUCCAAUUUAAAGGAUAUUAUUGUCAUUUUUAUAUUAUUGUUCAAAUACGGUUUGUUUCAACGAUAAGGAGGAUCACUAUGCACCAAUUUACAUUUGGUUCAUGUAGUCAAGAUAUUCAAUUCAUAUAUAUUGAUCCCAAAUAUUAAUUAUGAUGACAUACUUACAUAGCCCAUGUUUCAUUCCUUGCAAUCAGAGAGAAAAGCAUUUAUUGUUAAAUGAACAGGAUAUUACAGAAAGAGGUAAAUAUCAAAUUACUAAUUUCACUUUUUUGAAGUUAUAGAUAAACCAACAAAUUUCUACGUAAUUUAUCAUUUGGUUUGAACAAUUGUUGAAAAGAAAUGUUUUCCCGUUUCUAGGUAAACAAAUAAUAAGAAUUCGGUGAACUUAACUGUAGACAAUAUUUUGACUACCAGAAAUUCAGAUUUUAUGUUUAGCUGCGGAAUACAGGUAAAACAUUCAACUUUGUUUUUCAAAAACGUUUAUAAAACAGAAAGUACAAAUGUUCUUGCGAGAAAUACUUUUUAGCCUUGUGAUGACAUACUUUAAAGUUGUUUACAUAAAUGGCACUAUAAUACACAUUGAAAAUGGUACUUCUACGAAGAUUGUUUGUGGGACUGAUGAAUAUCUCCGUAUUUUCAAGAAUGUAACUGUAUGUACCGGGACACCACAGUCCGUCUACAGAACUUGUGAAGGUCUCCAAGAGUGUAUUGUAAACAAUUCAUGUGAACAUAGCAUACAUUUUAAAUUUCAGUGUACAGUUGCUAGGUGGGAAGCUAUAUACAAAUCCAGUACAUCUGGUCAAGGCAUAUUCAAUAUGUCAGACAGUGGUAUUAUGAAACCCGAAGGAAUUCCUAUCCGUAAUGUUCAAGAAUAUACAACACACUCCUGGAGGAACUGGAAACGUAAUCAUGUUUACCUGGUAAAUGUGACAUUCUUCAGACAGGAGAAGGUAAAGCAGGUCUAUGUUUUUCGAAAAAGUGCGUCCAAGUUUGCCACAUUUCACUCAGAUAAACUGCUACGUGAAUCUCGUCGAGGAUUACCAAUGCAGAAUAACACGAGUUACCGUAAUUGGUGUGUUUUAUCCAACAUGUUAAUAGUAGCCGCACCGAGCAAUGGACAGAAUGUUAUUUUUUGUGUAAAAGUAAUUGGAACCUCAGGUUUAUCCUUUAUCAGUCAAGACGAUCUGGGAAAUGUUAAGUCGAAUAUAUUUCCAGAUUCAGUUGUCGUGUCUUUUCUGACUAAAAGAAAUCCACACAGUACUCCUACCAAAGACCCCAUAACAAAUCUAUGUACCAGAUUGAAUCCUCAAUCAGAACAGUUCUACACUAAUGUGACUAUUUGGAAAGGGCUCGAAGCAAAAUAUGUUUGUACCUGUGAUUGUAAAGAUACGUCAGCAACUGUGAACAAAAGCAUCAAUGAAUCUCAGUUAAGGUUACCUUGUGACUGUUUGUGCGACGUACAUUCGGUUGUGUUUCCAACCAUUGGUUCGCCAGACUUGAAUAAGAUUAUAUUUGAUUUAAAAAAAUCUUUAUCUAUUCAUAAAUAUUCUUUAACAGCUUACCAUAGAAGUAAGACGAGCAUCUCUGAUCAAAGACCAGAAGCUGUAGUUAUGGGGUCAUUUGCUGUGAUGAUACUGAUCUUCUGUGUGUUACUAGUGUUUCUCUUAGAUAUUGGUAAAUGGAGAAAUGAGAAACGUGGGAAGAAAAGAAAGACGAAAAGGGUUAAUAGAUGUGAUAAAAAGUUCUGAGUGUAGUUCAUUAUUAAUAACAACAUCGAUUUAUUUGUGUCUGUAUCGCGUAUUUAACAAAGUAUAAGUAAGAGCCAGAUUAUGACGUCUUCAUUCCAUCUCGAUUCCUCCAUUAUUUAAUAAACAUUUGUUUGAUUUACAAUCAUUUAAACCUUUGCUAUUCAAUAAAAUCCUAUCUAAAUCAA